AUGUCUUCGGGAAUGGAGACAACACUUCCUGCAGAUAACCACAAGUUAUGGAAUAUUUGUGAAGAAAUUGGUUGUGAAGGGAAUGGGAUGUCAGGAAUGAAAGGACUGGUGUUGGGACACAUAGAUGACAUUGUGACAUAUAUUGAGCAAACCUCAAAAGUGGAUCAAAAGCUAAAUGAGACCAUUAUGUUGAGGAAUAAUGGUCUAAAUGGCAGUCAUUUGGACACAAAGAACACAACAGUAUUUGACAUCGAGUUCCGAAUCUUGGAUCCAAUGAACUCAUCUCUGAUCUCAAGUAAUGAUGAGGAGGUGACCACUGAUCGGACAGUUAUGAAACGGUUUCUCAUGUCUUACGGCUUCUUCAUCUUCUUCGUGGUCUCAUCUCUUAUAGCCAUCAUUCUCACCAUAACUAUUGGCUCCGAAUACUUCAAAAAUGAUGUGAACACAGUCUCAUCGAUAGACAUAACACCGUGCGAUGCCGAGCCCUGUGUAUUCACCAGGGGCACUUCAGUGUCAGUUACGGCACCCUUUACUCCCGUUUAUGAGGGAAAGAUUUAUGAGGGAAAGACAUGUAAUCUGGAAAUGAAGGCACUGUUGGGCAGUUGGUACCCAAUAUCAGAUGAAUACGUUUGCCAGACAUAUCUCGACUGUCCACUGAAACCUGGUGUCCAAAGUACCCUCAACUAUAAAACACUGGUUGACCAGGCACUGCCAGCAGGUGAAACUCUGACUCGUUGGAAACUAAUAUGCGAUUCCGGUGCCACUGAAAUAUUCUGUGCCGAUAUCACCAUUAAUAUUAAAUAA